AUGUUUAACAUAAGGACAGAUCUAUUACUACGGAAUUCAUUCCAAUUUAUAAGAUUCCAUAGUUCAAAAGCAAGUUCUAAAAAAUGGUUACAACGUCAAAAAGCUGAUCAUUAUACCAAAGAAGCUCAAUUUCAAGAUUAUAAAUCAAGAGCAGCUUUUAAAUUAUUACAAAUCGAUGAUAAAUAUGAUAUUUUCAAAUCUGGUCAAAACGUUGUUGAUUUGGGGUUUGCUCCAGGUGCUUGGACUCAAGUUGCAACUAAAAGAGUUGAACCAAAUGGUAAUGUACUUGGUGUUGAUAUUAUACCUGCAAACCCUCCAAAAGGUGCAUCUGCUAUACAGGCAAACAUCUUGAGUAAACAAACUCAUGUAUUGAUAAGGAACUAUUUUUUAGAUCCUAAAAAUCAAAUUAAAGAUCACAUUGAUGAUAUAAUUAAUCAUCCAAGUUAUAUUGAGGCUGAAUUACGUGAUAAUCCAUCAUUAACAAAAGAACAAUUGGAUACAAAAUCAAAAUUCCCAAUUGAUGUUGUUCUAAGUGAUAUGUAUGAUCCAAUUCUACCACCUGAAAGGUCUUGGAAUAAUACAACUAAUAUUGCUUUUUAUAGGAUGGCUAAUACUUCUGGAUUAAUUGCAAAAGAUCAUAUGGCUAGUAUUGUAAGUUGA